AUGGCACACCAAAACGAAUUAAAAGAAAUUGAGCUCCAAGUCCCUGACCACUUCAAGGCCUGCGAAGCCCUCCUCAUACAGAUCGACGCUUUCCCCGAUGAAUACCUCAACGGCAAGUUGACUCCCGAAAACUUCCCUUCAGUCUGUCAGCGUAGCGCCAAGCUACUCGAAGAUAUGGAGGCUGCUCUAAGUGAAGCCAGGACCAAGGUCUCGGUGGAGAACAAGCAUAUGUGGGUAGAGCAUUGGACUUGGAUGCAGCUGUAUGAGGAGGGCGUGGCGACUAUGGAGCAAAUCAACAACAAGCUACAUGGUCCCGACAGGCGGGAGAUGAUAUUGACGCAAUUGAUAGUUCGCAUGAUGGCGGCGAUGGAUCAGAGGGAGAGGGAGGCUGCUUUGGCGCCGUUUUCGCCAGACGGCAAUUGA